CUCUUCUUGCCGCGAUCUCUAGCGGUUUGCCGUGUACCCAUCUUGUGAGAGAAUAGCCACGGUCAUCCUUCAUAUGGUAUUUUGAGAGCGAUAGGAAUCAUGUCUCGUCUUCUCUCCCUCUCGAAACCGUGUUCCUUGCGCUGGCGAGCUCAGCAAUCACCUCGGCCAUGGCGUCCGCACAUCCUCAGUUACUCAACGAAUCAGAAGGACAAUGGACCAUCCUUAUCAAAGCCACUAUUAGUUCGGCAACGAGUACAUCGAGGUGAAAAUACGGUUUGGACUGUCAUGCAGAUGCAGUCUCCCGCGUUCGUUGAACCUAGUGAGACUCUCUCACAACGCGGCUGGACCGUCGACCGACAAGUUAUAAAUCAUCAAGUAAAUGCAUCAACUGGCGCACACGUUGCAUCAGCAUCAACAGCGGUAAAGUUGUCCUCUCCCCGUUCCAUUGCCAAUUUCUUGGUUUCGCAAGUCCGCGAUAAAUUGGCGAUGGGAUUCUUACCGAAAGGCUAUCCGCAUUCUGUGACGCCGGAUUAUACGCCCUAUACCAUUUAUUCGUUCCUGCAUUCAGUGUCUGGUACUCUGACAGGUACGCUAUCAACGCAGGCCCUUUUGCACGCGCUAGGAAUGGGUGCAGCAGCGGCCGCCGGUUUGGCUGCCACAACGAACUGGAUUAUAAAGGACGGCUUUGGUCUUUUGGGUGGUGUCAUAUAUGCGGGGGCGACCGCCAAUCGCUUCGAUUCUAGUCCGAAGCGAUACCGAUUUCUAGCUGCUGUAGCGAUUCAGGUGGCGACACUUGCCGAGCUGCUGACUCCCCUCUUCCCGCACUUGUUUGUACCUAUGGCCAGUGUAUCAAAUAUCUGCAAGAACAUUGGAUGGCUGGCUGCGAGUGCUACACGUGCAUCCAUGCACAAGGGUUUCAGCAAGGAAGAUAAUUUGGGAGAUGUCACUGCAAAAGCCGGAGCACAAGCUACGACAGCUGGUUUGCUCGGAACGGGCGGCGGUAUUUUGCUGAGCUGGGCAUUUGGAACAGCACCAAUGAGCCUGAUGACUAUCUUUGUUCCUCUUUGUGCGGCAAACAUGUGGUUUGCCUAUCGAGCAAACGAAGCUGUCGUGACACGAUCCAUUAAUUUAGAGCGGUGCGAGUUAAUCAUGCACGAUCGAGUACGACAUGCUUUGAACGGACAUGAUGCACCUCCACCACGUUUGCCGACCCCAGAGCACAUUUCCGCGCAAGAGCACUUUAUUUUCCCAUAUCGCUCCAUCUUUUCCACACCGCUGUCACUCGAGCCGUCCCUUCAGCGCCGUCUCAAUUCCCUCUCAAGUCCAUUAAACUGGCAAGCAUUUCUUUCGGGAAGUAUGUUUGGGUCACCUGGGCACAAAGAGGAAUACCGGGUUCUUAUUGUUCCAGGUCCUACUGGCGGCAAGAAGCAGCACAGUAUAUGGACGCGCUUCACAUCUACCGCACCUUCCAAUUCUGGAGUACACGUCUGCUGCUGGUACACCGAAAACGCGAAAUCCGAAGAUAUGCUCAAAGGGUUUUAUCAUGCAUGUGUCCUUCGAAUGCUAUGCGAGUCCAGGACGGAUAUGUCGGAAGAAACUCGCAUGCACCUCGUACGACAGGGCUACGAAGUGGUAGAGCGAUCGUUUGGGGACUUGAUGGAGAGCCUUAGAGCGGAGGGAUGGGAAUUGUCGCACACGCAUUUGGGUGAUAGAAACGCAAGAAUUGACGUUGGCCAUUCAACGUAGAAUUUCCAUAGAAUCAUUGAGACUCACUCACUUUUCACACCGG